UGUCUUCGGGUUGGUUUUGCCUGGUCUCGGUGUCAGCUCGGCUGUCAGCUGCGACAGUGCCUUGGCCUUUUAGGUGGAAGAUGCCGGAAAGCAACUUAGCAGAGCGCAGCUACAGAAGUGAGGGGCAGGUGUCUGGUGCUAAAGUCAUCGCCCAGGCCCUGAAAACCCAAGGUGUGGAGUACAUGUUUGGCAUUGUAGGCAUCCCAGUAACCGAAAUCGCCGUUGCUGCCCAGGAGCUGGGCAUCAGGUACAUCGGAAUGAGGAAUGAGCAAGCGGUGAGUAUGGAUGCAGAUGCCUAUGGGACAUCCCAGCCCUUGCUUGUGAUUGGUGGUUCCUCUGAAAGAAAUCAAGAAACGAUGGGAGCUUUCCAGGAGUUUCCUCAGAUUGAAGCUUGUAGAUUAUAUAGCAAGUUCUCUGCCCGGCCAACCAGCAUAGAAGCUAUUCCUUCUGUUAUUGAAAAGGCAGUGAGAAGCAGUAUCUAUGGCCGUCCGGGUGCUUGCUAUGUUGACAUCCCUGCAGAUUUUGUGAAUCUCCAGGUGAAUGUGAAUUCUGUAAAGUACACGGAGUGCUGCAUGUCGCCUCCUGUUAGCAUGGCAGAAACCCCUGCUGUAUGUAUGGCAGCAUCAGUUAUUAGGAAUGCCAAACAGCCCCUUCUUAUCAUCGGGAAAGGUGCUGCCUAUGCUCAUGCAGAGGAGAAUAUCAGGAAAUUGGUGGAGCAGUGUAAAUUGCCAUUUUUGCCCACCCCUAUGGGGAAGGGUGUGGUCCCUGACAACCAUCCAAACUGCGUAGGCGCAGCCAGAUCCAGGGCUUUGCAGUUUGCCGAUGUAAUCGUGUUACUUGGUGCCAGACUAAAUUGGAUUUUACAUUUUGGACUACCUCCAAGAUACCGGCCAGAUGUGAAGUUUAUCCAGGUUGACAUCUGUGCAGAAGAAUUGGGGAAUAAUGUAAGGCCUGCUGUGACUUUGCUAGGAGACAUAAAUGCUGUCACUAAACAGCUUUUAGAAGAAUUUGAUAAAAUACCAUGGCAGUAUCCUCCAGAGAGCAAGUGGUGGAAAACUCUGAGGGAAAAAAUGAAGAGCAAUGAAGCUGCGUCUAAGGAAUUAGCUUCCCAAAAAUCCCUGCCUAUGAAUUAUUAUACAGUAUUCUACCAUGUUCAAGAACAACUACCCAGGGACUGUUUUAUUGUAAGUGAAGGAGCAAAUACGAUGGACAUUGGACGCACUGUGCUUCAAAACUACCUUCCUCGUCACAGGCUUGAUGCUGGUACUUUUGGAACAAUGGGAGUUGGUUUGGGAUUUGCUGUUGCAGCUGCUGUACUAGCUAAAGAUAGAAGCCCUGGGCAGCGGGUCAUCUGUGUGGAAGGAGACAGUGCGUUUGGGUUUUCUGGCAUGGAGGUGGAAACCAUCUGCAGGUACAACUUGCCGAUCAUACUCUUGGUGGUGAAUAAUAAUGGAAUUUACCAAGGUUUUGAUACAGAUACUUGGAAAGAAAUGUUAAAAUCUCAAGAUGCUACUAUAGCGGCCCCUCCAGUGUGUCUUCUGCCAAAUUCUCGUUAUGAGCAGGUCAUGACUGCAUUUGGAGGCAAAGGGUAUUUUGUGCAAACACCAGAAGAACUCCAAAAAUCCCUGAGGCAAACCCUAGCAGACACAACUAAACCCUCUCUUAUCAACAUCAUGAUUGAGCCACAAGCCACACGGAAGGCCCAGGAUUUUCACUGGCUGACUCGCUCUAAAAUGUAAAUAAAGAUGCCAGUGGGUGGUCUUGAGUUUUCUCUUUCCUGCAAGAUGAAAUUUUAUUUUAUGCAGCAAAAUUACUGUAAUGUUAAAAUUAUACAAGAAAAAUAAACAUUUUUGAAUGACA